GCCCGGAUGGAAAAAGGAAGCUGGAAGUGGGUCGGUGCAAGCAGCAGCAGUAGCAGCAGCGGGGGAGCGUGGCGGGAUGUUUUCCAACCGGGUGCUAUGAUUCUCCCUCUGCGAGGGGUGUGAGCCUUUGCUGCUUUUGUGCACCUCUCUGGGACACAUGGCCUUGAACAGGAGGAGUGAAGUGUUCCAGAAGAAAGUCCUGGAAAAACUCUUCCCUGCUCCUGAUGUAGUUUCUUCAAGCGUAGAAAGCACUGCUCUUUUGAAAGGUGCAGUUGCAACUCAGGAAGAGUCAACGAAUGUGGCAGCUUUGGAAAAAGAUUCCAGGGUCCAAGACAAGACAAGUGUGAUUCUACCUUCAAGAAAACUAUACACGGUGACUCUCCCUCCUGAAGGUUAUGAACCAGUUGCUACUAAUGAAAAUGGUAAAGGAUCUUCUGAAAGUGGUGCUGAGGACAGUAAUACUGGUGUUCCAGAGGAGAAUGAUAAAGAGCAACAUCCAAGAAAGCGUCGGAGGAAAAAACGAAGGAACAUUUUUCAAACUCCUGCUGAUGGACAUGGAAGUCCAGCAAAAUGUGGAGGGCUUGAACACCCGAUUGGAGAUAACUUGCAACUGCAACCCAGGGAUUCUCCAAACUUGACCCAAAACCAAAAGAGGAAAAUGAAAAAGAAGCGGCGAAAGGAAAAAAUGAGAGCAGCUGGCUUGCUAGGAAAACCCGUUGCUACCGAUUUCACAUAUAUGCCCGAAGAAAAGAAAGAAAGAGAGUUUGAAGUUGCAGAUAAAGUAGAUGACAUUCUGGAUUUUUUGCAAGCAACACAAGAAAUCUAUUUUUCUGGCAAGCUAUCAAACUCUGCAGAGUCAGCUGAGAGCUCCGGAAACAUCCAUGAGGUUUUAAAGAGCCUUGAAUCGGGCAUGUUGUCCUCAUCAGAUAUUGCACAUCUGCGUCAAAUGAAAUCAUUCGUCCUUCUGCAGAAUGUGGAGGAACUAAACAUUGCCCUGAAAGACUUCAGUACACAUUCAGAGAUGCCUCACGAUCAAGUCACGGCAGUCUCUUCUUUGUUUCGCUACUGGAUUACAGAUAUCCUUCCUGGAAAGGAGGACAGGAAAUGAGCCGAAUGAGAAUCUCCAUCUGUACGGAAUUAAGAUCUAAAACUCCGAAUUAAAUCUGAGGAUAUUUGGGCAGAAAAAUGUCCUUGAACCAGAAUACAGGUUCACAGUGACACUAUUUAGGUGGGUUUUUGGUUUGGGGGGGGGGAGGGGGGCUUGGGUUUUGUUUGUUUUGGGGUUUUUUUGUGACUGGCCGAAUCUGCAAAG